AUGACGGCAGCGUCGACGUCGGAAACGGAUCCGGGCACUCGCAUCCACUAUCAUCUCCUCCAAAACUUGAUCGUCAAAGUUUACACAAAUGCCAGUUUUUCGCCGUCCGAGUUUCCAUGCCUGAGCUCCGGUACCCGGGAGAUGCACAUAGCUGCCCUUAUUUCCGAUCUGAAACAGAACGACCCGAAUCAGACAUGUGUCGACCGUCUCCAGGUUCAAUCAAAAGCUCUGAUUCUAAAAAAAAUAAAAAUAAAUCACUUUUAUUGUGAUGUGAAGAUCUUGUCAUCUUCUAGCAUCAGUGGGAACGGAUCUUGCAUAGGACCAAAGCAAGCAUGUGCAUUAAAUAAGUUUGCUUCUUGUUACCGAAAACUUCUUCAUGACAUAGUCGAUGAUCAAGUCUUCCAUGCAAUCGACAUUCGUAAGGUAAACUCAAACUGGGGGAUAUUAGGACAGGCAUGGUGGUCCAUGAAUAUGUUUGGAAUCUUGGUCCCAUCCUUGACAGAUGUGUCCAAAACCAACCUUACUGAGAACUCGGUUAUUGUAUGGGAUGUUUCACUUCAAGUUCUGUUAUCAAAUCAGAAGCACUCACGUGCUCCUGCAUCAGAUGCCACCCGUUCGUUCCAUACUUCAUUGCUCGAUCCAUUGGAAAAUAAAUUGCUAUAUUCUACACGAGACCCCCAUUCAACUUGA